ACAGCCUCUACUUCUAGCUCGUACUGGACAUUUUCACUCCCGUGUAUAUAUACAUAUAUAUUUUUGUCCCAGACUGAGAGUGUAUGGAUACGAUACAACUUUUCUGAUGGUGAUUUAAAGGGAAGCGAUUCCAGCAACCGGACUGCUGUUCUUGAACCCCGCUUUGUUAUCUGAAGCUGACAGCAUCGUACAUUUUGAGUGGCGACCAAGAGGAGUCCCACGGUUGAAGCCAUGCCCUGCGUUCAGGCUCAGUACGGCUCGUCGCCGCAGGGCGCGAGUCCUGCCUCGCAGAGCUACAGCUACCACACCAGCGGCGAGUACAGCUGCGACUUCCUAACACCCGAGUUCGUCAAGUUCAGCAUGGAUCUGACCAACACAGAGAUCACGGCCGCCACCACGUCUCUCCCCAGCUUUAGCACGUUUGUGGACAGCUACAACCCUGGCUACGAUGUGAAACCUCCGCCGUGUCUGUACCAGGUGCCACCUGCGCACGCCUCCGAACAGCCCUCUAUCAAAGUCGAGGAUGUCUCCAUGCACGGGUACCACCAUCAUCAUCACCACCACCCGCACCCUCAUCAGCAGCAGCCGCAGGCUCACCUGGGCCCACCGUCGGAGGAUGUGAUGGCACACUCGGGUUCUGUUUAUUUUAAACCGUCUGCUUCUCCACACGCGCCUGGCGGCGGCCCUAAUUUCCAGGUACAGCCGAGCCAUGUGUGGGAGGACGCGAGCUCCCUGCACGCCUUCCACCAGAACUACGUGGCGGCCGCGUCCCACGCUAUGGAGCAGCGCAAGAACCCAGUGUCGCGCCUCUCGCUCUUCUCCUUUAAGCAGUCUCCCCCGGGGACGCCCGUAUCCAGCUGCCAGAUGCGCUUUGACGGCCCGCUCCAUGUGGCUAUGAGUCACGAGGGCCCAGGCGCGCACCGGGCUCUGGACGGUCAAAGCUUUGCCGUACCCGGCGCUGUGCGGAAACAGGCGGGAGUCGCCUUUCCUCAUUCUCUGCAGCUCGGGCACGGACACCAGCUCCUUGACGCGCAGAUGCCGUCGCCACCAUCCAGAGGAUCCCCGUCCAACGAGGGUAUGUGCGCCGUAUGCGGGGAUAACGCAGCGUGCCAGCAUUACGGCGUGCGCACAUGCGAGGGAUGCAAAGGCUUCUUCAAGCGCACUGUGCAGAAGAAUGCGAAAUACGUGUGUCUGGCGAACAAAAACUGUCCUGUUGAUAAGCGCCGGAGAAACAGAUGUCAGUACUGCCGCUUCCAAAAGUGCCUAGUUGUCGGGAUGGUUAAAGAAGUUGUUCGGACUGCCAGUCUGAAGGGCCGAAGAGGUCGUUUACCCUCCAAACCUAAAAGUCCACCGGAUGCGGCUCCUCCAUCACCCCCAGUCAGUCUCCUCAGUGCGCUGGUCCGAGCUCAUGUGGACUCCAACCCCAACAUGUCCAAUCUGGAUUACUCGAGGUUUCACGCGGGUCCUGAAUACCAGCUGACCGGGGAUGACACGCAGCACGUUCAGCAGUUUUAUGACCUGCUCACGGGAUCGAUGGAAAUUAUCCGCGGCUGGGCCGAAAAGAUCCCGAGCUUCGCCGAUCUGCCCAAACAGGAUCAGGACCUCCUUUUCGAGUCCGCCUUUCUCGAGCUCUUCGUUCUGCGCCUCGCCUACAGGUCCAAUCCGAUGGAAGGGAAGCUGAUCUUCUGUAACGGAGUGGUGAUGCACCGGCUGCAGUGUGUGCGCGGUUUCGGCGAGUGGAUCGACGCCAUCGUGGAAUUCUCCUCCAACCUGCAGAGUAUGAACGUGGAUAUCUCGGCCUUCUCCUGUAUCGCCGCGCUCGCCAUGGUCACAGAGAGACAUGGGCUUAAGGAGCCGAAGAAAGUCGAGGAACUCCAAAACAAGAUAGUGAACUGUUUGAAGGACCAGGUGGCGUUUAACGGCGCUGCUCUUAACCGCCCGAACUACCUGUCCAAGCUGCUGGGGAAGCUGCCAGAGCUGCGCACUUUGUGCACACAGGGCCUGCAGCGCAUCUUCUACCUGAAACUGGAAGACCUGGUUCCUCCUCCAGCAAUAAUCGACAAACUGUUCCUCGACACGCUGCCCUUUUAAAAAAAAACAACUACAGCAACAACAAUGAAAGACAGAGACUUUUUUGCAAAAGACCUCAACGAACUUCCAUAGACUCCUUUUCAGAGUCAGAAAGCUACUGAAGUUUUUUUUUAUUAUUAUAUUGUUAUUAUUUUCAUUUCACGAAUCAAGGACACUGGCAGUCCAUGUUGGUAUAAGGAACGCACACACAUGCGCGCGCGUACACACAAACACUCUCUUAUGCAUUUUUAUUUCAACCCUCUUUGCAAUUUUAUGCCAUUAUAUUAAUCGACCCGUAAAAAUAAGAAAAAGGCUCAGUUCUGAACUUACUCUUGGACUGCUGUUACCAAAAUAAAUAUCAAAAGAAAUAACUCUGUUUAUUGACUCCAAAAACAUUUUUACAUCAUUGGAAAACGCACGAGAUGUAUUAUAAUCUUGUUAUACCGCAUACACGAUAGUUGUGUCACCGAAGUGUAUAAAGAGGACACGUUUCAUUCUCUCUUUCUUUUUUUCUAUUUUUUUUCUUUCUUUCUUUUGUUUAUGACUUUUGCCUGUGUAUUUCUGUCAGGAUCAGAGAAGAGGCCACGCAUGUUGUAGAGGACUAUAGGCACUUGCUAUCGAGGUGAUGCUGUCUAUAUAAAACAUGAUUAUUCAUAUUAUUCCGGACACUAUGUAGUCUGCUAGAUUUUAUAUAAAAAAGAAAAGAAAAGAAAGAGGGUGGGUGGGUAAGAGAUAAUUCGUAGUACUGGGACAACCUUUAUGUAUAGAACAUGUGGAGGAGGCGAAAAAUAAUAUUUAAUCUGUAUAUAGGUAAAGAAAAAAAUCAGAAAGGACCCAUAGUGUUUGUAAGACUGUCAGCCAUUCCUUGUUUGUAUGUGUUGUAUGUACUGUUGCUGUUUAAUAUAAAUGUUUCUAUAUUUAUGAUUUUCUGUUGCAAAGAUCUUAGAAGCAUGGUGUAGUUUGGAUGAUUUCAGAAACAUUCACCUUGUCCUUGUUUUGUUUUGUUUUUAUGUCAGAGAGUUACGAUUUCGUUUCCCAUCUAAACGGUUACGUCAUUCUGUAUGUAUAUGUACAUAUAUACAUAUAUAUUCAUAUAGGUGUGUGCAGAGCAUCACUGCCCUUUUCUAUGGUGUAAUUUCAAUCCCAAUCCGAAUAAAACCCAAC